UCCUUGCGGGGAGCCGGGCGCUCUCGCCAGUCUCUCCCUAACCCCUCGGUGAGCGGGAAGCCGGGGAGAUUGGCCCUGAGGGUCCUAACCCCCGGGGUGACCUAGUCCGGUGUAGGAGGUGUAGACGCGGCUUAGGAGGUGUAGACGCGGCUCCAAACUCCUCCCCUCCGGCCCAGAGCCCCGGGAGAACUGCUUCUGCCUCCCCCGUUAGCUUUGGCUUCCCGGUGUGGGGUACGAGCCCUGAGCCGCGUCCGCUCGAGCCCCGGCGCUCCCCAAAUCCGAGCCGGGAGCCGCUGGCAGGGGAGGGGACGCGGCGCGCCUGGCACACACCCCCUGCCGUCCUCCUGGCCUCUAGUCCCUCGGAGUAAUGAUCCUUUUUACGUAACCGGCGGGAGGGAGAGAGGGAGGGCCGGAGGGAGGGCCGGCCGGAGGGAGGCAUGGGCUCUGCAGCCCGAGCCGCCGCCACUGCUGCUUUCGGCUCCCCUCGCUCCCUCCGCCUUCCUCCGAGCUCCGGCCCCCGGCUCCCGGCCCAGGCCGCCCGGCGCGGCCUCCGCAGCCCGGAGCCCCGAUCCCGCCUGGCCCCCGGCAAAGUUUGCUUGGCCCCGGGACUCAUCUUCAACUGUCAAGCGCUGUCAGCGGAAAUGAUGAGACCUUGGCCAUUUUCCGAGUCCGGGUUUCCUUCCUGAGCCCGGUGUGAGUGUGUGUGUGAGUGUGAGAGUGUGAGUGUGUGUGUGUGUGUGUGUGUGUGUGUGUGCGCGCGCGUGUGUUGUAUGUUUGUGUGAGUGUGUGUCUGUUUGUGUGAGAGAGAAGAGCGCUCGAGAGAGCGUUUGGGGGCAGCUGGCUCAACGGAUUUGGGGGCGAGUGGGGCCGGCUGCCGGUGACAAGUGAGACCAUGGAGCGGCUACACCCCCACGGCUUCUCUCUCAGCUCAGUCCCCCCGCCUCGGCCCCGGCAAUGAAUGGGCCGGCCCUUCAGCCUUCACCCUCCUCGAACCCCCGGGGCUGGAGCGAAUUCUGUGAGCUCCACGCCGUGGCCACCGCCAAGGAGCUGGCCAAGCAGUACUGGCUCUUCGCCAGCGAGCACCCCCACCAUGACCUGCUGGGGGCUGACCACUUCUCGCUGCAGUUCACGGACCUCUUCCAGCAGUAUUUCCGGCACGAGGUGAGAGAGGGCUGGGCGAUGCACCAGCUCCGGCUGCGGCCCUUCACCUCCCGGGUCCGGGACUAUCGAGAGACGGGCCGGAGGCACACGGACGGCUCGGCGGCGCCCCCCAAAGCGGAGGCGCCCGUGGACGCCGGCGAGCGGGCCUCCGAGGUCGCUGCCCAGCCCCUGCCCAAGGCCCGGAGCUCCGAGGAGCUCACAGGGGGCGCUUCGCCCCUGGCCUCUCCCCGCUCCAUCGCCCAUUACUCUUUUCACCACCUGCGAAGGAGCCUCCGCCAUAUCUUUCGACGCCGGCCUUCAGAAACGCUGACCCCCGGGGAAGGAACAGCCGAGGGCGAGCCGGGCGACCCUCCUUCGAAACAGGGCCUGGCCAAGAAAAUCCUGCCUUGGAGCCUGUCCAGGGAGCCGGCUCCUGAGGCGCGAAAGGAGGGCGUCCUCAAGUACGGGCUGGUGGACGAGGCCACCAUGGACAGCGGGGCCCUCCGCCAGCGCGGGCGGCUGGUGUUGAGGAAGGCGGCGAGCCCGGAAGGUGGCGAAGACUACGUCCUGGAGCUCUUCGAUCCCCCCAAGGGUUCAAAGCCCAAAUUCCAGGCUGUUUGCUCUUCCAUUCACGAGAUCCGGAGAUGCACCCGACUAGAAAUGCCUGACAACCUCAACACCUUUGUCCUUAAGGUGAAUAAUUUAACCGACAUCAUCUUUGAGACAGGAGAUGAGCAACAGCUGAAUUCCUGGACCACUGAGAUCAGAGAAUGCAUGAGUCGAGGGUUAGAAGGAGCUGACUCAGAGUCACAUUUCCCCUCACUUCCAGACCCUGGAAUUACAUCCAACUCCCCCAGCGGGAGCACUGACUCCCUUACCCAAGGUGCCUCACCUGGUGGACUCCUUGACCAGGCCUGCCAGAAAACGGAGCACUUCCUGUCCUGCUACCCCUGGUUUCACGGCCCCAUCUCCCGGGUGAAGGCAGCUCAGCUGGUGCAGCUACAGGGCCCCGCAGGGCACGGAGUGUUCCUGGUCCGGCAGAGCGAGACACGGCGGGGAGAGUACGUCCUCACGUUCAACUUCCAAGGCAGAGCCAAGCAUCUGCGCCUUUCGCUGACCGAACGAGGGCACUGCCGGGUGCAGCACCUGCACUUCCCCUCCAUUGUCGACAUGCUGCACCACUUCCAGCGCUCCCCCAUCCCCCUCGAGUGCGGGGCCGCCUGUGAUGUCAAGCUCUCCAGCUACGUGGUGGUCGUCUCCCAAGCGCCAGGUUCAACCAGCACGGCUCUGUUCCCUUUCUCUGUCCACCGCUGGAGCUCCGACCUGGGCCUCCCUCACCUGACUGCCUCCAGCUGUCCCCACACGCUUCUCCCCGAGGACCUCCCGCCAUCCAGGUCCUCUCCCUCCGAGCAGAUCUUUCACCUGCUGCCUCCCCCUGAGGAACUAGCCAACAGCCUACGGCACAUGGACCAGUCGGCAGACCCCGCUGGCCAAGCUCGGGACUCCGAUUACGAAAUCGAUUCCCCCAGCAGGGGUCACCUGCGGGCUAUAGACAAUCAGUACACGCCUCUUUGAAGGGCGCAGGUGGCCCAACCUCACAGAAGCCACCGGCACUUUGACCUGUACAGUGGGGGCCUUCUGAAUGUACCUCUUUAUCUUUCUGUGGGUCCUCCCACAGUCUGUAGGCCGCCCUAUUGUUCUUACUCCACGACUUUCUAAUCUGUUUACACAAGUCAUUGCUGUUGAGUUGCCCAUACCCACAAUGCUCUCAAGUGCUGAAGCCGGGGUCUGGGAGGGUCCGCCCCACAUACUGUCCCCUCACCCAUCAUGGCUGCACCCAGGGAUCCAGAGGCUGGGGCAGAAAAUGUACUUUCUUUUUCAGGGACAAAUUUCUAGUAAGUGGGUCAGGAAACCCUAAACACUAAUGCCCCAAAAUACAGAUUGAGGACCCCCCCCCCCAUUUCAAUAGAAACUCAUGUCACCAAGAGGAAAAGAUGGGACAACUAUGUCUCCUGCCACAACUUCUACCUGUGCUCCCCGAGUGAAGGGCAAGUUUUUGAGUUCAGUGGAAAUGAAAACAAAAAACAAGUUUUGUAACCUCGGAUUAAUUCUUAAAGGAGGUUUUUAACCUAAACGGUUGCUUGCUUUUCAUUGCACUGUUUAGACUAAUAAAAAAAUGCUAUCAUUGCAAAAGUUACUGUGGGUCCAGGCCCGAAUGGGCGUGCUUUGGUCCCCUAAUAAUUCUCGAGAAAAACCACCAUUCCAAAAAUAACAAUGGGGUGCCCUCAGAAACAAACUGCAGAAAGCGAAAUGUGUCAUGUCU